ACGCACUACACUCUAUCUAAACAUGAAGUUCCUCAUCGUUUUCGUCGCCCUCUUCGCUCUGGCUUUGGCAGCGCCUGCUGAAGUCCAAAACUUGAGAUUGGCCUCUGAAGUUGGACCCGAAAGUUACAAAUUUGGUUAUGAAAACUCUGAUGGUGCUUCCCACGAUGAACAAGGUGUGGUUAAGAACUUAGGAGCUGAUAACGAGGGUAUUUCUGUCACAGGAUCAUACAAAUUCAUUGGUGACGAUGGUGUGAUAUACGAAGUGACAUACAUCGCCGAUGAGAACGGUUUCCAGCCUCAGGGUGCUCAUUUGCCAGUGGCUCCUUCAGUUUAA